GCAGCACUUAAUGCAAAAUGAAGAAGAAAUAAGAGUCCGAAACAUUUAUUCAUAAAAUAAGAUCUGUUAGAGAUUGAGUUUAUAUAUGCUAAGUUGCGUGGCCGUUGUGAGAAGCAUGACCAAGCAAGGAUGUGGCAUGGAUUUAAUGCAGGUGGUCAAGCAGUUGGAGAGAUUUGCCCCCACAACCCUAGCAGAGAAAUGGGACAACGUGGGUCUUCUGAUCGAACCAGCAAAAGAUAAAGUAGUACAGAAAAUUCUGCUGACCAAUGAUCUGACGGAGCCGGUGAUGAGCGAAGCUGUUGAUAAGAAAGUGGAUCUGAUUAUUAGUUAUCAUCCGCCCAUCUUUAAGCCGCUGACACGCAUCACAAUGGGCCAUUGGAAGGAGCGAGUGGUGGCCUCUUGUCUGGUUAACAACAUAGCACUCUACUCACCCCACACGGCAUGGGACAAAAUACCAGGUGGCGUGAAUGAUUGGCUAGCCCAGGCUGUUGAUAUAGAGGACAUUAAACCGCUGAUCCCAGAACCGGGCGCUGAGCCAGAUACUGGUUCCGGCCGUCUAGUGAAGACCAACAUGCCCCUAGCCAAAAUUGUGAGUGCAUUGCAGGAGCAUAUUGAGAAUGAUGUGCACAUGGCCUGUGCCAAUGGCCAUAAUUCAAAUUUCAAUGUGAAAACGGUUGGCAUCUGUGCCGGCUCGGGUGGCUCGGUGCUGCAGGGUGUGCCGGCGGAUCUGGUCAUCACCGGCGAGAUGUCGCAUCACGAAGUGCUGGACUUUAAUCACAACGGCACCACGGUCCUGCUCUGUAAUCACAGCAACUCGGAGCGUGGAUUCCUUCGUCAAUUUCAGGGACAAUUCGUCGAUCGCUUGAAGGGCGCCUGUUCAGUGAUGAUAUCCGAAAUGGAUACGGAUCCAUUAACUACCAAGCAAAGGGCCAAUUAAGAAUCGAAACAACUCACCACAAUCGAAGUGGUUAACAUUUGCAUUUGUAUACAAGGAAAUACAAUUAAUUGAAAACUUA